CCUCCUUAUCCCAAUCCCCGUUGAUCGAAUUCUAUCUGAUAAUCCAAGUGCUCUCAUCAAUAAGAAAAAAAAAUCUGAUAAUCCCAGUACUAGCAACCAACCCUGACAUGGCGUGCAGGCCGGCCGUGUCCAACCCCUCCGCACUCACGCCGGCGCCGCGCCGAUGCGUCGUCCUUGGCCGCAGCAGCACUAGGGGACGCGUUGACUGCUCCCUCCGCUCCAGCUCCGCGGGUGCGGUCAGACUCGGUGCGCGCCGCGCCCCUGCCGCCGCCUUCGUCGUCCGCGCGGCGGCUGCCGAGGGUGACUUGGAUCUCCAGGCUAAGGUGACGAGCAAAUGCUUCUUUGACGUCGAGAUCGGCGGGGAACGCGCAGGCAAGGUGGUAAUUGGACUCUUCGGCGAGGUCGUCCCUAGGACUGUUGAUAACUUCCGCGCCUUGUGCACUGGAGACAAAGGUUAUGGAUACAAGGGCUGCUCCUUCCACCGAAUUAUCAAGGAUUUCAUGAUUCAGGGCGGUGAUUUCCAGAACAACAAUGGUACUGGUGGGAGAAGUAUGUAUGGUGAAUGCUUUGAUGAUGAAAAUUUUACAUUAAAGCAUGUUGGUCCUGGUGUACUAAGCAUGGCCAACGCUGGCCCUGACACAAAUGGAAGUCAGUUUUUCAUUUGCACUGUGAAGACACCAUGGUUGGACGACCGUCAUGUUGUGUUUGGACAUGUGUUGGAGGGCAUGGACGUUGUGAGGGAGCUUGAAUCGCAAGAAACCAGCAGGUCCGAUAUUCCCAAGCAGCCCUGUCGAAUUGUGGAUUGUGGUGAGCUGCCCUUGGACGGCUGAUGAGUAGGUCAAUAGCUCAGGGUUCAGGGUUGCCUCACAUAUCCUUCUUUUCUUUCUGCGGCUAUAAUCUCUGGGGAAAGGGUUACUUGAAUCUCCAGCCAGCUAGUCGACUUUUUUUGAGUAAAGAAAUCUUAUGAGACCUUGUUUUGUUUCACGGCUGUAAUAUUGUUGCAGGGAAAACAGUACAGUAUUCAUAUGGUAAACUGAAAUAAUGCCAUGUGUUUAAACAUGAUUCACUCUUUCUCUGCCAUGUGAA